ACUUUUUUACUACUUCGCAAUCUAAAUUUCAUUUAUAAAUGGUAUCUAGAUUAAACAACACAACUGAAAUGUUAUCUGCUAAGCAAUUGCAUUCCAAACGAAUCAAACCAAGGUCUGUUAUACCUGUCAAUUCCAGGUAUGGUCAUACGGCUACAUUUGAUCCCAGCAGAAGAUUUAUCUAUUAUUUGGGUGGUCAAGAAUUCCUGAAUGAUCCUGAUACUAUGACAUAUACGAGUACUUAUGUCGAUUUUACGAACAUUCUGCAUUACAACACAGAAAUGGGCAUAUGGGACACAAAAAUUACAGGUGGCUCCGUGUUCCCAACAAACAGGAUGUUUCAUACUGCUAAUUUAGCUCAUGACUCGGACUGUAUAAUCAUAUACGGAGGUGCCGAAUCUGAUAGUAAUGGUGAUUAUACGCCAGUCGCCGACUAUUUAUAUACCUACAAUAUUGAAUCAAAUACGUUUGACAUUGUUCAUAUCAAAGAAGCCCAAAUAGAAGCUGGACCACGAUAUGGCCAUACAGCCGUUAUCGUCAAUAACAACGCAUUAUUCAUUACGUCUGGCAUAAAUUCCACAUUGAUAGCUUCACCUGAUUCCUUUGUUCUGGAUCUCGAAGAUUAUUCCUGGCAGAAGAACGACUACUAUGUUAAUACCACGCCUAAUGACAAUUUUAAAAAUUCUCUUUAUGUACAACCCCAUACAUUGUUAAAAAGAGAUAUUAUUGGAGGACUGCCUGACAGUAUUUUUGUUAUAAUCAUCGUUAUUGUGUUAUUUUUGCUCCUUGGUUUAGCAACAGUAUUUUGCUGUAAACUAGAAAGAAAUCCAUCACCAAAAACAAUACCAUAUCGAGAAGAUCGUGGUAACAAAACGAAUCAUUACCACAUGUUUGUUGCCCAUGGCGCAGGAACUGAUGGCGGAGGUGGAGGAGGAGGCGGAGGAGGCGAUGGCGGAGGUGGAGGAGGAUGCGGAGGAGGCGAUGGCGGAGGCGGAGGCGGAGGCGGAGGUUGUUAA